CUUACAAAGUCCUACCACGGAGCACACUCUAUUCUUCGUUGUAAUCGGUCUCCUUGGGCAGCAUAUCGAUAUAGUACGGGUCUGUACUGAGUCUUGGAAGUUUGUGGGAUGAUGCCACAAGGCUGAAAGCCUCUAUAGCGUCCAGAACUGCACUUUACGAUCGAUCGGUGCCAUCGCUUGACCAAACGCGCCCAGUGAAAGCGAAAUCUCGUCGCGACAAUGGAACAGCUCGCGAGAGAAGGUGUAUAUCUACAGCCUAACCAUCAGAAUCAGAUCCAUCAUUGGCAGGAGCGAACGAGCUCCGAACCCGAGCAACAGGAACAAGGGGUCAUUUCAAGACUCUUUCUCACCUGCCAGGAUUCGCUCUGGUACCUCUUACAACAUCUCGAUGCAACCUCGAUCUCUAGAAGCGAACGCAACAUCCUUCGACGCUCUCUGGCCUCGCUACAACUAUGGUCGGACGGACAUGGCGCAACCACCGGAGCUCUCGAUAUGACGCUCGAUCGAUCGAAUAGUCUGCGUCUCACGACCUUAUCUAUUCUCAACCCGAUGUGUAGAGUUCUUUCACACGGGCUGAGAAGCCAUGUUCUUCCCCGACAAGGCGACGAUGUGAUUGUACUGCUGUGUAAUACUGCUACAGAACUAUACAGUCAGACAAAAUGGUUGCUGACAGAUGACAACGAUGACACGAGUGACAGCGGCAGUGAAUCCAGCAGCUCUAGCGACGAUGGUGCUACUGAUAAGAUGCACGAACUGGUACAAAGGAUCAAAACUUACACUAACUGUUUAAUCGAUCUGGGUACCGCAUUAGACUGCCCAGCCCUCGAACCUGAGCAUGACGAAGGACCGAGUCUGGUGACGCUAGAUCAGCGUUCUCCACAUGACUUCCAUAUAGAUCUGAUUAGGGCAAAGUUUCCCAAGGCUGAAACUUGCUUGCUGCAAAGUCUAGGUCAGACCAGCUGGAACCGAUAUCUGCGAAUGCAGCAAGAGAGAGAUUCAAAUGCGCACGCACUGUUUGCGCCGACCUCGGGCGACAAGUUGCAUGCUGCUGAAUCAGAGUUCCAAAACUCGGGGAUUGGGACUUCUCUACCUCGAGUUGUAUCUUCGUGCGCGGAGACAGUUGUCUCAUCCAUGGCCAGUGUUCCAGAGGGAAAACGGGUCAAUGUCCCUCCCCUGCCUGCAGAUGCGAAGAACGGACUGCCAUUCGAAUGCACCGCCUGUGGCAAGCAUAUACGGGCAACCACCAAUCGUGAAUGGAGAAAACAUCUCUACACUGAUCUUCGGCCUUAUACCUACUUGUUCACAAAUUGCAAUUUUACGCGUGAGCCCUUCGCAAAUCGUCAGCUAUGGACCGACCAUCUCAAACUUGGACACGAAUGUGGGCCUGACUGGGAUGCCGUUCAAUGUCCACUCUGCCUCGAUACUACAAAGAGCGGCAAAAGCGCCGUCUUGGUCCACUUUGCACGCCAUCUGGAAGACAUUGCUUUGGUAUCACUUCCUCGUGACAUUGAGUCCGAUACUGAAUCAGACUCAAUCACAGAGACAGAAACUCGGUCGGAUAACGCGGAUGAAGUCUCACCUGGGAGCACUCCAGGCAUUUCUGUUAACGAAACCAACAUCUUCUGGAGUCACCAGCCUACGACCCCAUCUUGGCAAGCCACAGUAUCCACACUCAAGGAUCAUAAUUGGGUCGACAUCGGUAGCGGGCAGUGUUAUGGUCGUCAAUCCACUGACGGCACACCAUACCUGGUAGUGAAAAAUACACAUCACCCUGCCCUGAUGUUAUUACAAACAAACGUAUCAACAAGCCAGCAUUUCAGAAAGCAGCAAGACAAACUCAUUUCCUGGGUAGAGGGAGAAGCCAAAAUGGCUCUCAGUUUUCAAGAUGCAGCAGGCUGCACUAGUGUCUGCACCUAUUUACAGGAGAAUGGUGCAGAUCAGCUUGAUCGCUUGAGAGGCACGCUCGCUAGCACGCUGCAAAGUGAGGCGACGCAGCCAAAAUCUCCUGCGCCCAUCCAAGGCAGCCCCACCCCCACAGCCUCCUCUUCGGCGUGCAUGACGCUCUCGUACCAGCAACUCGAUAAUCUAGCAGCCGCGGCUCAGCAUGUGCACGAUGUAGACUUGAUUGCUGCAAAGAGCGAGGCUCGUGGUGAGGCUAGGUUAGCUAACCGCUGCCGGCAGCAGGCCGAGAGAACCGAUUCCGAUACUUGCGAUUCUGCGCGUCCAACGCAGAAUUCUUCAGUUGAAACUAGGUCAAGCGAUCAAAGCGAUUCGAUCACUCCUACUGACAAGGUGCAUGUGGAGCCUUCAUUUGCAGCACCAAAGAAUAUCUCCGCUGAUGCUCUUGGCUUUGCACCCUCGGCUGUAGCACGUAGCAGCUCGAGUUCGUCUGCAGUUAGGACUUCACCCAUGAUAAAUGGGCCUCUUGAGUCUACAUCCAUGUUCCAGGAUGAACCUCUUCUAACCAACACAAACCCUUGGUUCUCUCUAUUUUUCGAAGAAGAGUGUACCAGCUCGUAUCAGACGGAUUUGUCUGCAGAGUACUCUACUGCUACCAACCCACUUGCUACCAACAGUACCAGCAAGCCUUAUCAUCGCAAAAGCGCUCCUUUUGAAAAACGAGCGCGCAAUACUCUUGCUGCUCGUGAGGCACGACAGAAGAAAUCCGAUCAUGUUGACCAGCUCGAAGCAGCUACCACCAGCAAUAGCAACGAUGACAGAAGCACGAAUUUCCAAUUCAUUGUGGGUGCUACUCCCGCCGAAGUGAAAUCGAAAAAGAAUAUGACCACGGUGCGCAAAGCGACUAUGCGAGCCUUUCUUGGGACUGAUAGCAAGGGCUAUGCGGAGCGUCAUGGAGAACAAUAGCAAGGAUGAAAGAAGGCCUAGAAAUGCCAUCAAGCGACCGCCACAACUAGACCCUUACGAUGAUGUCUCCGCUUCUGACCGUUGGGCGCAGCUGUCAGCGUUCGACCAGCCUAGUCUGCAACAGAGUCAACUGCAGUAGUUGUACGAAUCGCAGCCUCUAACAGAGGCUCAGCUUAUAUGUCAGGUUGCUGGCUAUGAUGAGUCCAUACUAGGUCCUUGGGAAGGAUCCGGUACGUCCUCAUGGGUUCGUCGAUGAGUGAUCGACAAAGCACCUGAUCGCCUGGGAUCACCGAUUCCAGCAUUUCAUGCGGAGACAAGACGGUUGAAAAGAAUCUUUCAAUGAAACCGCUCCAACAGAAUACGACCUA